AUGCCGUCGGGUCCUCCGUCCAACGCGAGAUCGAGCCAGGUCUGGUCCUCUGCUGACUCAGGCACGGCGGGAACAGCCGGGGACGGCACGUAUGGCGGAUUGAAGAUGAGCAGGUCCACCGACUCCGGUCUCAGACUGGAAGUGAGGUCGCAUUGGAUGGAGUCGAAGUUCACGGCGGCUGCGUUUUUGGCGUUUGUGGCCACUGCGGUCUGGCAGCAAUGUGGAUUUAUAUCGUCCUCCGCCGGCUCGUAUAUUUUGCCGUAG